AUGGAUAAAGCUGAUUCGAGCAUAAAAUCAACUCUCAGCACCAGGCUUGAGGGUAAAACUAAAGCAAUUGUAGUGUGUUGGUUUCUUGGACUUGGAGCAUUAGUCGCAUGGAAUAGCAUGCUAACUAUUGGAGAUUACUACUAUCAGUUGUUCCCAAGAUACCAUCCUUCCCGGGUACUUACCCUUGUUUACCAACCAUUUGCGCUCGGAACAAUGGCAAUUUUUGCUUACUAUGAGGCCAAAAUCGACACAAGGAAGAGGAACUUGUUCGGAUACAUCCUCUUCUGCAUAAACACAUUCGGACUUUUAGUGAUAGAUUUAGCCACAUCGGGAAAAGGAGGGAUCGGAAAUUAUAUCGGCAUUUGUGCUUUCGUUGCGGCUUUUGGAGUGGCGGAUGCAUUGGUUCAGGGUGGGCUAAUCGGGGAUCUUGCUUUUAUGUGUCCUGAAUUCUUAGGCUUGGAGUCACCCUCUCAUGGAAUAGCAUCCUCACAAUUGGAGACUACUACUAUCAGUUGUACCCGGCCCACCCCUUACAUUGCACAACUUCAAAAGUCGUACACACUAUUUAGAUUCUUUCUUCCCGCCAAACUUGUUGCCCUCGUCACCUUUUCUUUACCUCUCUAUUUCGAAUUCUGCUUACAAUAUUACCAUCCGGCAAGGGCACUACCGCUAGUUUUUCAACCAUUCGCGCUCAGGACAUUGGCCGUUCUAGCGUACAAUGAGGCGAAAAUAGACACGAGAAAGAGAAAUUUGUUCGGUUACGUACUUUUCACUCUAAGCAUAUUUGGGCUACUCCUGAUAGACUUAGUCUCGUCCGGUAAAGGAGGGCUUGGGACUUUUGUUGGCGUGUGCAUUUGUGUGGCUGGUUUUGGGAUUUCAACUGCCCACGUUGAAGGUGGUGUGGUCGGUGAAUUAUCUGUCAUGUGUCCUCAAUUUGUGCAGUCGUUUUCUGCGGGAGUCGCUGCAUCAGGAGCUCUCACUUCUUGCUUGAGGCUUAUAGCGAAAGCGGCUUUUGAUAAAACUCACAAUGGUCUUCGCAAGGGUGUUACCAUGUUCAACAUAUGGGAUCUCAUAUCAAGAUACAUCCCUCUUGCAGACUUCAUCAAAUUAGAAUCUCGAAAAGCCCUAUUUACCGCGUCGUUAUUAAGAAUUUUGUUCGUCCCGUGUUUCUAUUUCACCGCAAAAUAUGGAGACCAAGGCUGGAUGAUAACAUUGGUUUCCCUUUUAGGACUAACUAAUGGCUAUCUCACAGAGUUUGUGUUCUUACAGUGGCUCCCAAAGGAUACAAAUCAACAAAUUGUAAAUAUUCGACACUUGCAGGCACCGGAGCAGAAUGCAUUGGGAAAUUUGCUAGUCGCGUUUCUUGUUGGAGGUGUGUUUACGGGCGUUUGUCUAAGCUGGCUGUGGAUUAAUGGCCAUGGAAAAUUCUAA